UUUGAGAACACUGAUCUUAGUUUGGAGAAAUGUGUAAAAUCGAUAGAGAAAAGUUUGCUCUUUAAUGACACAUUUUCCCAUUCUUUAAAGGUUCCUUUCUCAAACUGCUCUGUUGAGUGUAAGGAGGGAUUUUCAAGGCAACCUGAAGGUUUUCAUAGUUGCUGUUUUACAUGUAAAAAAUGUCCACGUAACAGCUAUGUGGAUUAUUCUCGGGAUCCCUAUACCUGUUUUCCAUGUGCAGAGAGUGAAUGGUCUGAUGAGGGCAGCACAACAUGUAAGACACGUUCUGUUGUCUAUCUUCAGGUCACAGAAAUCUCCUCCAUUGCUGUGAUGGUUUCUGCCACAUGCCUUAUUAUUCUCCUUUUUGCCAUAUUUUUCCUUUUCACCUAUAAUUACAACACACCAGUGGUUAGGUCUGCUGGUGGUAGCAUGUGUCUUCUUAUGUUGAUAUGUUUGAUAAUGUCUAGCAUAAGUGUGUUCUUUUUUUUUGGACAACCUACAUCUGUACAUUGCCUCCUGAGAAAUGCCAUAUUCGCAUUUUUCUUCACUGUCUGUCUUUCUUGUUUGACUGUCCGUUCCUUUCAAAUUAUUUGUGUUUUUAAAAUGGCUGCUCAGUUCCCUAAGGUGCACAGCCUUUGGGUAAAGCACAAUGGACAGUGGCUCUUCAUUGCAUUUUCUUCAGCCAUUCAUUUAAUUUCUUGUGUGAUAUGGAUGACUGCUUCUCCUGACAAACCCAUCGCUGACUCAUGGACUUUUAAAGAUCAAAUUUUGCUCAUCUGUGAAAUGGGGAACACUAUAACCUUCACCAUAGUUGUGUGUAUAAGUUGGUUUCUAGGUUUCCUCUGUCUUCUGUUUUCUUACAUGGGAAGAGAUCUGCCGAAAAAUUACAAUGAGGCCAAAUCAAUAACUUUCAGUCUCAUUUUGUACUACCUGAGUUGGAUUGUUUACUUCACAGCAUACCUCUCUGUCAAAAGCAAGUACAUCAUGCUUUUGAAUGCAAUGGCCCAGAUAUCUAGUAUAUAUGGAAUUCUCUUCAGCUAUUUUAUACCAAAAUCUUACAUUAUGAUAUUUCAACCUCAAAAGAACACUCCUGCAUACUUUCAAACAUCUAUUCAGAAUUACACCCAGACCAUUAGUAGGACUUAGACCACAACGAUUCAGACAUGCAGAUAAAGUCAUCCACAAGGGAACUGCAGUUGCCCUUAGUUGGAGGAUGAUUUUGUUUUUAAAACACAGUUGUGGAUAUUUGACAGAUAAAUACAUUUGGCAUUUUAGUAAGCAUUCUCUCUCUACAUACCUUGUAAACUUUGGCAAUAACUUUAGUGUAUGUAGGAACAUUGCACGUAUAUGGUUAAAUUCAUUGCUCAAGGUCACAGACCUCAGAAACUCUCUAAUAUACAAAACCCUCUACUUGGUUGUGAACCCUCUUAAACUGUAAGCCUUAGAUCCUUCAAUAUUAUGUUACCACAAUCUUAAAUAAACACAUAAGAAAAGUAGAGAAGGAAAAUACAUUCUGGGGUUCAUUCUGCACUAUAUCACAUGUGACUUAUGGGAAAAAAGAGCAAUUUAAAUAUUUAUAAAGAUGUUCUUUACAUGCUACAAUUUACACUUAAGUGUUAAUGUAAACACAAAUGCUUGCUUUUUACAUGUAAUAAAGAACAUUUUCAAAACUUCCAUAACUCAUUGUCUAAGUAAUCAAUAUAGAUUUGUGAGGUUUGGAUUGUCAAUCUUGUAUCUGUCAUGAUUGAACACAGGAAGCAAUUGCAAGUAACGCCGUUUAUUGAACAACAAGCAGAUAUAAAGUCUCAGUCAAUGAAGUGUGCAGGCUUCGUUUAGCGCAGGGACUGGGAUGAUCGGUUGGUACAGCAUGGUGGUGACGUGAAGAAUGGCGGUGAGAUGAUUCCAGGAUCCAGACAUUAGACGAGACACGAAGACAGUAAUCCAGGGACUGACGACGAACAACAGGAACUCCGGUCAGGAACAGACAACCACGAACAGGACACCAAACAACGAUCUGACAAUGGAGAUGAGAAUGAGGUGAGUAUUUAAAGGGGUGAGGGAAUGAGCAGCAGGUGGGGACGGUGAUGAGUGGCAGCUGGAUCCACUAAUGAUCCACGUGGCCUGGAUACAAACACACUCGCACGCAUACAUACACAAACACACCCACUGCUGUCACAACACAGAGCACGCGACAAG